GUACAGAUUGAAGAGCUGGAUUAUCAUUACUUUCUGCCUUUGUUCUUUGAUGGGCUUUGUGAAACGGAAUUUCCAUAUGAAUUUUUUGCUCGUCAAGGAGUCCAUGACCUGCUGGAGCAUGGUGGAAGCAGGAUUCUUCCUGUUGUUCCUCAGCUCAUUAUCCCAAUAAAAAAUGCACUGAACCUUCGUAACCGACAGGUCCUCUGCACCACGCUGAAAGUCAUCCAGCACCUGUUGGUGGUGUCAGCUGAAGUGGUGGGGGAGGCCUUGGUGCCCUAUUAUCGGCAAAUUCUCCCAGUCCUAAACAUCUUUAAGCGCAUGAAUGCACCAGCUGCAGUACCUGUCCCUGGCCCGCUCCCUCAGUGA